AGGCUUCUUUGGUUUUAUUAUGAUUGAUGCUUCUUUUAUGCUUGAAUUCCACUCCACCACUACCUUGUUCACCUUGUUCACAUUGCUUUGCUGACCCAGGGACCGCGGACUUGUCCUUUUCCAGAAUCUGGUUCUACACAGCCAUCUCCAUGAUUGGCCAAUGAACACAAAUUCAUUAAUGUGUCCUUCGUACAAGGGAGCUAGGUGUUCUUCUUUGGAAGGGGUUUCAUGAAGUAAUACCAAUGCCACCAAUGCCAUUCCUCGUACAUGCCAGAUGCCAGGUGCCAGAUGCCAGAUCCCUUCUACCUUCUACCUUCUACCCUCUACCAUGGAGACGGAGUGAAGCUUCUUAUUUAAAACAAACUCUCUGCCGGCACUGACCAGUCUCUUCCCAACAACCACGUCUAGCACGGCACGCACAGCACAGCCACGCUUUUAGGCGGACGAUAGCGACGGGCUAGAGAAAAGAUGUUAACGCUACAAAGGCGAUACUAAACAACAAGGUCGAGGAACAUAGGGGUCAGAUAUUGCAUCCAAUACUCCAUAUACUACUGCAUAGCUAUAUAUAAUCGCAACUGCCGAGCCAAUCUCGAUCCUCCAUCUACUUCCAACUUUAUUCUCGCCGUUUCGGAUCCAUGCCCAAGGAGAGUUUACGCGUGUGAAAAAUUGGGAACAUUCAAAUCCAAGCCGCGCUAAACAGGGGAUGCGGCUAUUGAUAGUUCACAAUCAUUUCAAUCAAUUCAAUUGCGCAUUACUUGGAAUGAGUAAAAAUCCCCAAGACUUUGAUCAUUCUAUAAUCCAUCAUGUCGACGGCUGCGGAAAAGGCAAACCUUGCGCGCAUACGAGACAACCAAAGACGAUCCCGCGCUCGAAGAAAAGAGUACCUUCAAGAGCUCGAGGCACGAUUGCGCCAAUGUGAGCUCCAAGGUAUUGAAGCAUCUUCUGAAAUCCAGCUGGCAGCAAGAAGAGUAGCAGAUGAGAAUAAGAAAUUACGAAGUCUGCUAGCACAACAUGGGGUAGGAAAUGAAAUGGUGGAAACGUAUUUACAAAUGAGUUCGGAAGAUUUAAUGAUUUCGGCGCAAUAUGGGAGUGAAAGUCCUUCGGUACAACAGUUAGAACAACUACUUCAGGCGAGAAAACUAUGUUGUGCGGAUGGGAGUAUAGGUCCAACGAGCACAACAACGAUGGGGCAGACGAUUCAAAGUCGGGAGAGUUCUUACAGUGGAAAUACUGUCCAUUCGGUAUGGGAUCCAGUGCAACCCUCACGGAGCAUGAGCGUAGGACAGACACCAACACCGACCGGCAAAGGAUUUUCACAGGCGCAACAAUUUAUGAGUCCAAGAAGAAGCAGCGCGGCAAGUCGACAUAGCAGUAUCAGCCAAAACCAUAGCACGGCUGGAACUGUCCACACUCGACAGCAACAGCAACAGCAACAAAGAUUCAAUAUGACACCAAUAACAUUACCCAACUCACAACAGCAGAACACACCAUCGAGCCUCUCCAUUCAAUCUCCGCCCAUCUACGAAUACGAGUCGCAAUAUAUAUCAAACCAAUCCUACAAUACACUUUCCCCACAGACCCCUCAAAUGCAUUCCCAUCUACAAUCCCACACAAACUCGAAUCCCAAUUCUCGUUCAUCAGUCUCAUCUCAUCAAAUGUCACCUCCAAUAUCAUCAACAUACAACACGAACAUACCUUCCGAGAAUAACGGAACCAACCUGAAUAGUUGCGUAUUUGCAACCGAUAUGAUAACGACCAUGGCCGGCGGCGACCCCGCCGUAGUUCGCGCAGAAUUGGGCUGCGUGCCCGGUAUGGAUUGUAAUGUGGACAACCAGUUAGUCUUCCAUGUAAUGGACCGAUAUUCCGAAAAUGGUGUAGGCUUAUGACAAUUGCAGGACGGAGCGAAAUCAAAAUUUAGUGUAAUUCUUAUGUGUUCAGAUACCCCUCACUUGCUACAUAUUUCACGGACAGCGAUUGGAAUAAUUCAAAAAGUGUUUUACUUUUCCGUUUUUAUCGGGUAUCUGUCAAUGAGUGAAUACCUAGGUAGUCCUUACUUACUUUUACUCGAAUUGCAGGUUCAGUGACCCAGCUUGAUUUUUCUGGUGCAACCCUGCUGCCAGUCGAGGUUGAAUUUCAGAACUGCGUCUAGAACGUCCAAAAACAAAAACCCAAAAAGUAUCAGAAUCCCUACAAAUUCAC